AUGAAUACCCUAAGUCGACUAGACUACUACCUCUCAUCUUUCAUAUCCUUUCCUUCAUCCUCCUCCUCCUCCUCCUCUUCAUCUUCGAAACCAUCGUUGAAUAGAACAGUCACUCCACCUGGCAGUUCUAGCUCAAUUACCGGUGUUGGUCCCCUAUCCACACCCAGGUUAUACAACCUCCCUCCCACUCCUCGAUCCAAGAGGCGGCACAAGACCUCCUCCAAUGGUAAUCCCACCAGAAAUGGAGUCGGAUCUGUGAACGGCAGACGUAAAAAGGUAGUUACCACCUAUUCAUCUAUCAAGGUUCCUCCUCCAACUACUCCAUUAAUCCUCCGCAUAGCUCUGGUACUAUGGUCGAUAUUGUUAGCGUUUUGGAGGAGUUUGGUGGGUGAGACCAGAUCGGGGAGGAGUAGGAGUCGGUCUAGGUCUAAGAGGAACAAGACGACGGCGGAUGGUUUGAGGGAACUAGGGGAAAGUCUGAUGGUUUCUGCUGGAAUAUCUAGUCCGAGUGUCCCCGUACCAGAUAACCAAGUUGGUAAACUCGAAGGUGAAGUCGAACAGGAAGGAUCAAGUAGUGAGAUUGAACGUGAUUUAUUAGAAACCAAUGAGAAUGAAACGGAACAAGAAGAAGGAGAAGGAGAAGGUGAAGAAGAUUGGAUAGAUCCAUUGGUCACUAGAGCACCAUCCGAUCAACCUUCUUUGGAUAAACCACCUCCUUCAGAAGAUGAUUUUGCAAUUACAACGAUCAAUGAUCACAAUCAUCUUGAAGAGAAAGAAAAUGAGGAUAGGAAUCCCAAAAAUUUCACAUUCCGUUUAAAGUCUGCGCCGAAUACCACUCCUUCCAACAACGAUACAUCGAUAGAUAGUGAAAACCCGUUACCACCGCAUCAUAGACAGAGUAUAACGAAUUUACAAAAACCUUUGAUAUCACCUCCCACCUCUAUACUUUCGAAUCCUACACCCAAGAUCGUCACUAGAAACGACCAAGGGAAAGAACAGCAAGGACAGGUGAAACCGAAACCAGAGAAAGUGAGAAAAUCAGGUAUACUGGCUAAUCCAAUAUCGACCUCGAUCCUUGAUCCGAGCGUACCCGCACCAAUAAGUAAGAAUGAUUCAAUCAUCUUUCGCACCAAGAACAUCAAUCCCACUUCCACUUCUUCUUCUACUUCUUCGUCGUUGUUGUCGACUACCAACGCACAUGGGAAUGGUAUGAAGAUACCUCGGCAUAUCACUACACCGUUCCACCUCCAGAAAACACUUAUCCUAGAUCUUGACGAGACACUUAUUCAUUCCACUUCGCGUCCACUGUCGAUCAAUGCCGGUUCGUCAGGCGGAGGAGGGAUAUUGGGUUUGAGCUUGAGUGGAUUGAUGAGUACGAAUAGCAAGAAUAGAUCUAAAGGUGUUGGAAGUAGGGAAGGACAUUCGGUCGAAGUCGUGUUGAAUGGGAGAUCAACAAUGUAUCAUGUUUAUAAAAGACCUUAUGUGGAUCAUUUUUUGAAAAAGGUCGCAUCAUGGUACACCCUCGUCAUCUUCACAGCCUCCAUGCCAGAGUAUGCCGACCCCGUCAUCGAAUGGUUGGAUGCAGGUCGGAACCUGUUCGCCAAGAGAUUAUAUAGGGAAUCAUGUCACUUACAACCUAAUGGGAGUUAUAUCAAGGAUCUGGCGUUGGUGGAGAAGGAUCUGAGCAGAGUGUGUUUCAUGGAUAAUAGUCCGGUAAGCUAUAAUUGGAAUAAAGCCAACGCUCUACCCAUCGAAGGAUGGACUUCCGAUCCGAAUGAUGAAGCUCUCCUUCAAUCUAUACCGGUCUUGGACAGUUUGAGAUUCGUUAAUGACGUAAGGAGGGUAUUGGGUAUCAGGGGAUUCACUUAG